CAGCUGUUCUGGUUGCCGCGGAAAGAAUGAUCUUUGUAUUAAAAUACAAUUUUAUAGAUUAAAUGAAAAGGAAGUACUUCGUGUGGACUCCUGAGGCAACAAAAUGUUUUCUAGAUGUCUGGGAGACCAAUCUAAAGAGCUUUCGUGGAAAACGAAAGAAAACCCUGAUCCAAAAGGACAUGGCUGAAGGCAUGAGUGAUUUCGGUGUGACUCGUAUUGAAAUAAAAGCAAAGCUGCAGGUUAUGACCAAACGUUAUCGCAAUGAAGCCUUGGAGUUUUCCAAAACCGGAGUUCGUCCGAAAUGGGAAUAUUUUUCAAGAUUGCGGAACAUUUUUGAACGUGAAGACGACGACUUUGGGGAAGUACUCGAGGUAACAGAAAAUGCUGACAAUAUCAUCGACAUUUCAGAUCACGAAUCAUCAUCGAGCGAAUUCGAAUUUCCGGAACCAGCUUGCAAGAUCUUUAGACGUGAUCUGGAUACAAAUGUGGAAGAGAAUGAUCAUAUCCAUUACUAUUAUCGGCGGCCUAUAGACGUUGAAGAAGAAAAACUGGCCAUUCAAAAAGAAACACUUCAUGUAAUGCGAUCGAUGGCAAAGAAUCUUUCCAAUAUGUAUGCUACCUCUCUAGAUUUUUUAUGAAACGAGUCUGUCGAAAUACUCUUUAUAGUUCAAAUUAGAUGUAAAAUACCGCACGGGCGCAUUAUAGAAUCUGCCUCUAUGUUAUUAUUAAAAGUACAUAAAAGGUU